AUGACAAAACUUGUUUUAUAUGGCGUCGAUCUAAGUCCACCGGUACGUGCAUGUUUGCUUACGUUGAAAGCUUUGAAUUUACCCUACGAAUAUAGAGUAGUCAAUUUACUAGCGAAAGAACAUCUCUCGGAAGAUUUCUUGAAAAAGAAUCCUCAACAUACUGUACCCCUAUUGGAAGAAAAUGGUCACAUUAUUUCCGAUUCACAUGCCAUUAUUUCAUAUUUAUGUGAUAAAUAUGCCAAAGAUGAUGCUCUAUACCCGAAGGAUUUGUUGAAAAGAGCUGUCGUUGAACAACGGAUGUAUUUCGAAGCUGGUGUAUUGUUUCAAGGUGGUCUACGCAAUAUUACAAUCCCUCUGUUAUUUAGAAAUCAAACUCAGAUUCCUAAACAUCAAAUUGAUGCUAUUGUAGAGAGUUACGGGUUUUUGGAAUCAUUUCUUAAGGACAAUAAGUACAUGGCUGGCGAUCAUCUAACAAUUGCUGAUUUUAGUAUCGUGACAGCGGUUACUUCGUUGGUGGCUUUUGUUGAAAUCGACCCAACUAAAUUCCCCAAAUUAAGUGGCUGGUUGAAGACUAUGGAAUCAUUGCCUUACUAUGAAGAAGCUAAUGGUGUGGGAGCUAAACAAUUGGUUGCAGUAAUCAAAUCGAAAAAUUGUACAGUGGUUCCUUAA